CUUCUCCCAAACCUGAUGUAACUUGGUCCAAGGAUGGAAAAGUCUUGAAAGAAGGAGGAAGAAUCACCCUUGUUACAGAGGAUGAUCUGUACAGCCUAGAGAUUGAGGAGCUGAGAGAGACUGAUGCAGGGACAUACAGGCUUACAGCUGUCAAUUCUCUAGGGGAAGUCUUUUCAGAUGUAGCUGUCAGUGUUCAGUCAUCUCUGGAUUCUGGUGAUAGGGAGUUGAGUUUGACUGCUACAGUAGGAAUGCCUCAAUUCUUGAUUCAACCCCAGGAUGUCAGUGUGGCAGAGUCGGAGACUAUCAAAUUGACUUGCAAGGUUGCAGGAGAUCCUACUCCAAAACUAUCUUGGGAGAAAGAUGGCCAGGUGGUCAGGUCUAACCGUCGUGUACGUGUGUAUGAGUCCCGUGGUUUGUACAGCCUAGAGAUCCACGACUGUGAAGCCGAAGAUGCUGGCGAGUACCUCUGUAUAGCAGUCAACAGCCGAGGUCAGGUCACGGCUUCUGUCAACGUGAUCAUCGAAGGAGUUGAACGAGUGAUGUCGGUCUCUGAGCCUGGAGAGCCAGAGGGAGACCUAGCCAGACCUGAAGAAGAGACAGUUGCAGGAGCUACAGGAGGUGCAGCAGAGUCAUCAUCUGAU